AUGAAAUAUAUUUUAGUUUCGUCAUUCUUGUCACUUUUGCCGAUUGGGUUGGCACGUAUCGAAGAAAUGGCGAAAGCUCCGAUUGAUUUUGAAGAAGAGUGGAGUAAGAUUUCGAAUGGAACGCUUGAAAUUAAAUGGUUCUACUUUCCAACUACUCAGAGUUUGAAAGUGGAUAUUGAUAAAAUCAAGCAAGUGAAAAUUAUGAGACAAGACAAGAGUUAUGCUAAAAACUGGGGAUCCGGUGACUUUACCACGUGGUGGGCUUGUGAUAUGAAGCGCAACUUCCGUUCUCAUCCAGAACGAUUUUACAACGUGAAAGUGGAUAUUGGGGAAACGUUCAAAAAAGGAUUCACUGUGAAUGAACUUGACAAGUUCCUUGUGGCUAUCAGAAAAUGGCUUAAAGUUCAAAAUAUUGAGUUUGAGUGA